AAAGAUGUACGAGGAUGCGUGUGCCGGUUAGUGCGCGUACAGAUUUUGUCCGGUGAAUAUCCGUCGCAGUGCGGCAGAGUAUAGCAUUCGGUUCUAAUUGUGAUACGAGACAUGACGUCGAAUUUUAGGAACAUGCCACAAACCCGGCAAAGUGAUUUCAGUAUAGAGCACAUCUUGACCAAAGCCGGAGAAAAGUACGAAAAACGGCGGCGAUUGGAUACGUUUUCGUGCUCAUCGAACACAUCGCACAGCCAUAGUGACAGUGAUGAGCAGUUGGGCUCCGAAGAGGACGAAGAAAUCGUUGUGGAUAGUUUGCAGAAAAGUGACAACAAUCACACUACCGGAUAUCUGCAGAACUGUAUGCCAAGCUUCGAUUGGCUAUACUAUACGCGCUAUCGGCCGCCGAAGUUGCCACGUCCCCAAAAAAUCGGUCCCGUAAAGCGAACGCCCGGACGACUUCCACGCGUUCCAUUCACCCCCGGCCAACUGAGUGCCUUGGAGGAUGCGUAUAAAGUCUCCACCUACCUGAGCUCGGAAGAGGCGAACCAGCUGGCGUACAAUUUGGAUCUGACCAACACGCGGGUAAAAAUCUGGUUCCAAAACCGCCGGGCGCGCGAUAGACGCGAGAAGCGUGAAGCCGCAAUCGGCACACCGCCAAUGGGCAGCGGCAGCUCAAUACCUCUGGCUGCUACCAGCUCCGUUGCGCUAGCGCCGGUGGGACAUUUUGCGUACUUCAGCAGGCAGUGCGAAUUCACACCCGGAUCGCCAACCGGAUCCAGCGGGAGCGAUCGGAAGAGUCCAAAGUGAAAUUGUAGUGUUCGGGAAAUACUUGUGAUAUACACGACCGCUCAGUUCAAAUGAAAUUGCUCAAUUGUAAAUAUGUGUUACUAUAAUGUGUACUGUUAGGCAUAUUUGUAAAUAUAGCGUAGGUUAAGUCAAUACAAAGAAAUAUAUUUUGGAAGAUAUUUAUAAGAAAAGAUUUUUCAAUUCUAGUAUUUUUAAACCUCUCUCAGACAAACGGUAAGAUGCACGGCUUCAAAUCAAUACCAGGUGUCUGAAUUCGAUUCCCUGUUGGUCUAGAAUUGUAACUACUUCAGUAACCCGAGACGUAGAAAAAGUACCUACGUAUGUGUUUAUCGUGUUUGACGUAAUAGUAAUGGUAUAAUUAAUUAUUAUCUAGGCAUUGCAUUGAUUCAAUGUGAUAUUUCACAGUUAAUGAAAACAAAGUAAACUAAUGGUAGAAUAACUAUAUUACAAAUGUUCUUAACAAAACUUCAACAUGUACAUUACUGUUAGAACGCAGAAAAAUAAAAUUACAAUCAUUUCAAGUCGUUUAUUGUAUUAAACGAAUAUUUUGGUAAGCGACGAAAAAUAUAAAAUAUUUCAAUUACUCUCUUUGAUGCACUGCCAUUAUUUUUUGUUCUAUAAAAAACGUGUUGAACGUUUUUUUAUUUGCUUUUAUGUAGCCGUGUGCUGCAAUCCUUUUCCUGAUACUGGGUAAAAUUGCACCCUGCUGUUUCUAACCGCACGUUGGGAGCAAUAAUUACUAUGUAACAAACCAUUUGUUUUAAUGAUCUGGGUGAUUUUUUGUCUGUGUUUUUCUGUUACAAGCUAUCUAAUAUUUUUUCUUCCAGUUAACUUUAUUUUAGAUGGCCGUUGUUUGCUUUUAUUUUCCAAUAGAUUUGGAAUCCAUUUGUGCGGUCAACUGAACUAAAACUAGUAGCAUUAUGUAAUAGUUAGUUAAGUAUCUGCAAUUCCGUCACAAAGACCAACGAGGAUCACCUGCUCUGUUCAUGGCCUUUGCUGUACAACUUCAUAAUACCCAUGAGCAGUUAUUUGUUAGUCGAUUGAGACUUUAUUCUAGCUAUACUGUUCAGUUUCAGGUGGUCGUAGGUAAACCUAAAGGCAGCCUCACACUCAUGGAUUUUGUUUCCAUGUAUUCCCAAAGAGGUGGGAUUCAUGAAAAAAAAUUGGUCUCAAUUUACUUCAAAUUCUGGGUCAAAAGCCUUUAGGAAAUUUAUGCGACCAAAAUUAAGUGAACCAGAUUCCCGAAGUGUGAGGUUGCCUUUAAACACGACUCAAUUCUCCAAAAUAUGUAGGUAUAUCAUGCUUUUAAAGAUUUUAACAUUGAUGAUGGCGAGAUAAUAGUUUUGGUGUUUCAAUUUUUGACGCAUCCUAGAAACUAAUAUUAAAACCUAGUGCUAUGCUCCCAUAUAAGCAGCGGAUUAGGAUACGCCCGAUUCUAUUUUUACACGGGUGUCUAUAGUUUCUUGAGAUAAUAAUGUUAUAUAUUGAAAAGCAAAUAUUGGUAUUGUAUUGGUUAUAUCGUAAAACAUCAUAAAGAUUAAGAAGCCGUGGAUUGAAAAGACCGGUAGAAAAUAAAUGUUACGAUACUACAUG